AUGUUAAGCAAAUCAAAUAAUAUCAGAAAAGUCUUUGCCAGAGGAUUCACAACUUACGUUCAACCAGGUAAAUUCAAUGCUGAAACCAACGAAACCAUUGGCAAUAGAAUUAGCAAUGUUUGUGAAAAAUUCUCAUAUAAUGAUGCAAUCUCUAUUCCAGAUCAUGAAAACUACACUUUAACUUAUAAUGAUGUUUUACAAAAUACAAGAGGUUUAGCAGGUGGUUUUAUUGAGCACAGCAUUAAAGAUGAUCAAACAAUUGUUUCAAAUUCAUUUGGUGUUGAUAGUACAAUGACACAUAUUGCAGCAUCAUUUGCAGGUUUAAAUUAUGUAUCAAUUCCACCAACUUCAACAUUCUCAGAAAUUGGAACUCAUUUAAAUAAUCAAAAAGCAUCAUCAUUCGUUAUGGCUGAUUCAAACCAAAGAGUUAUGGUUGAUGAAGCAUUAGAAUUCUUCCCAAAUUUAAAAACUAUUUAUAACGAUGAAUAUCACAGAGAUAACAGAUUCCCAGAAUUAAAACAUAUUUUUUCAACAGGUGCAUCACAACAACCAGGUAUUAGUUUAUUAAGAGAUAUUAUUUUAGAUACCAAAACUUCACCAAAUAAAAACGUUACAAACACUCAAAUCUCAGCAACCUACCCAGUCGCUGAUGGAAAAUACGUUUCAUUCACCCAAAAAUCACUUUUAAAUACAGCUGAUGCUUUAGCUGAAUUCUUUAAUAUCAAAACAGCCCAAAGAUUUUCAUUUGCCGCUCCAUUAUUUGAAGGUAACGCCACUGCUUUCAACCUAGCAUGUCUUUCAAAAGGUGCUUUGAUCGCACUCAUCAGUCAAAUUAAUCCAGCAAACAUUUUAAAUUCAAUCAUUAAAGAUAAAUGUGAUAACCUUUUCAUUUCAUCAUCAGUUUUAAAUACAUUAGUUUCAAGCCCAGAAUUUGCAAGAGUUGAAAACUUUGAAUUAAAGAAAUUGAUUGUUGUUGGAGAAAUUGAUAAUUCAGUUGUUAAACAAUUUGAAUCAAAAUGUAAAGGUGUUGAAUCAUCUAUUAUUCCAUUCGUUCAUGCUGGUCAAAUUUCAGGUGUAGUUUUCAAUUCAUCAGGUGUUGGUAAACUUUUACCAAAUGUUGAAGCUAAAAUCGUCGAUAGCAAUGGUAAAGAGUUAGAUUUCGAUAAUAAAGGUUCAUUAAUGACUAAAGGUUUCCAUGUUGGUUCCAAUCCAGCUCAUUGGUUAAAAACUAACAUCAAAGCUUCAAUGUCAAAAGAUGGUACCAUUAAAUUAUAA